CUGUGAGCCGAGCGUGACAAUUCUUAAUGCAGGGGUCAGUACUUCCAUCUUCAAACAUUAUCAAACGAAUAGCUUUAUAAUAAUAUCCAGGAUUGAUGCUUAUCUGAUUUAACAUGCCCUCUGUUUUGAGUGAAGUUCCAAUCAUAGAAAAACACCCGGAAUCCUGUACAGUUCAGUUGGGAAAAGACUGCAAGCUUUUCUGCCAUGUUACUGGCAAGAAUCUCAAGUAUCGCUGGUACAGAAGAUCUCGAUGCCUGGAGGGGGAGACCUCUUCAGUACUCCAUAUAAGGAAAGCCGCCAUGAAUGACGCUGGGCAGUACUCAUGCAUCAUAUCGAAUGACAAGGAAUCUGUGAUCACCUGGGCAACCGUUGACGUCAUUUCCGUUAUUUCAUCCCCUAAAGUUAGAUAGCAAAUUAGGAAGCGAAGUUUUGUUUCGAUUUUUCGUGCGAACUUGAAGAUAUAAAUAGGAGCCUUUUUGUAUACAUUCGUCAAUUACUUACUCUUCGUUAAUCGUUUGUCUCCAAGCAUGCCAGGUCAGUUUAGAGUCAAUUUGAUAAAUAAAGUGCAUUUCUACUGAGUGUCGUGAAACCAGAGUAACCAGAACAGCCAAUCGGAAGACAGGUAUAUAUCACAAGGAGCCAAUAACAUCGCCAAGAAAAAAGCGCAGGAA